CUUUCCAAGUGACCGCCGAUAAUCCGGCAGGCAAGGGAAAUCUGGGAGGCUAUGUCGCUGGUGUACGCCUGUUGGCGACGUGUUGUGUCGUUCGCUACCCGUUUUUGAAGACGUGCAAAGUAAGGAAAGGCCCCAUGAAAUAACCAUGGGGGAGGCAACACAAGUCAGUUCACUGCCUUUGCCGCCAAUGCAGUAUGUUAGCCUCUACACAGAUGAAAAUGUGCAGCGUGGACGAGCUCCGUCGCCACCUCGACCACUGCAUGAAGGCUAUUCCAUGUUCGGUGCUCCAUUCCAUGGGGAUGAGCCGGUCAUCCGACCUUUGGAAAGCCAAGGGAUACGGCGACUGUACCCGCAAAACUACGAGCACAAGAAGGAGCUGAAGAAGCUGAAUCACUCCCUGCUGGUCAAUUUCCUUGACAUGGUGGACAUCUUGAUCCGCUGUCCCGACACCUCCAAGCGGCUCGAGAAGAAAGAGGACAUGAGCUUGCUUUUCAUCCACAUGCACCACCUGAUCAACGAGUACAGGCCCCACCAAGCGAGGGAGACGCUGCGAGUUUUGCUCGACAUGCAGAGGCGGCAGCGUCUAGACACAGCGCACAGAUUCCACAAGCACUUGGACAAGGUGCGCGAAAUCCUACAGAACACUGUGACGGUCCUCCCUGAACCUGAGCCGAGCACCACGUGGCAGCUGCCAGUUCAGAUCACAAAUUCAGUUGGAACCACCCAAGGACAGUCACCUGUGCAAGGACACUGUCUCAGCCAAGACCGUAUUAUGUGUGGAAUAGUGGAUGCUCUAUGACUGAGAUUGUACUUGCUGUGUGGACGCACAACGCACGAGACAAAAUGCCCUGAUUUUUUCAAAGCUUCAGGUUGAGCACUAUAUGGCACUACAGUAUCUUAUGCAUGCUGCAGUGGACAUAACACGCAAUAGUAAUUGCAUGUGCGUGCAGUUUAUUGCAAGCUGGAUAACGUGUAUAAAAUUGUCCAUGUUCAUUGUGGCCAUCAGAAAGCAGGGGAUUUAAUAAAUAUACAUCUGUAAUUGCUUGAUGCUGCUCUUGACAAA